AGCCAUUUGCUUAUCAUAAAAGCACUCAGAAAUUUGCAGCUAAAUCUACAAAAACCCUCUACAAAAUCCACACAGGAAGAAAGACAUGGCUGAGUCUUACUCUCCUGCCAAGCUCGAGUUAUUUGCAACCAGAUCUGUGCAAGAGCAACUCGCUGAAGGUGAACUACUAGUACCAUCACAGAAAUAUAUUCUCAAAGAUGGAAUCACACUUCCAGAUGCUUCUGUUGACUUGAUGGAUGUUCCGGUUAUUGAUCUUGGUCUCCUCACACCUUCCUCAAUCAGUGAAGAAGAAUUUGACAAACUAAGAUCAGCUCUAACCAAAUGGGGUUGCUUUCAGGUAAUAAACCAUGGAAUGACUCCAGAAUUCCUUGACAAAGUCCGUGAAGUCACGAAACAAUUCUUUGCAAUGCCCCUGGAAGAGAAGCAUAAAUAUUUGAGGCCAGCCGACGAUAUUGAAGGAUAUGGGAAUGACAUGGUUUUUUCAGAGGAGCAAACACUUGAUUGGACAGACAGACUAUACCUUAAUGUUUAUCCACCAGACCUGCGCAAGCUAAAGUUUUGGCCUGAAAAUCCCAUAUCUUUUAGGGAUACUCUAGACCAGUAUAUCAGUCAGUUACAGGUGAUAACAGAAACUGUCCUUAAGGGCAUGGCGCGGUCAUUGAAUUUGGAGGAAGAUUGCUUUCUGGACAAGUAUGGAGAACAAAGGAAAAUGCAGGCUAGGUUCUGCUUCUAUCCUCCAUGUUCAAGGCCCGAUCGCGUACUCGGUGUCAAGCCACAUGGAGAUGGAUCACUGAUCACCCUUCUGUUGCAAGAUAAAGAAGUGGAAGGUCUUCAAUUUCUGAAAGAUAAUCAAUGGUUUAGAGCUCCAAUUGUUGCCGAGGCUCUUCUCAUUAAUGUUGGUGAUCAAGCAGAGAUAUUGAGCAAUGGACUGUUCAAGAGCCCAGUGCACAAGGUAGUGACAAAUGCAGAGAAGGAGAGGAUUUCUUUGGCUGUGUUCUGUCUUCCGGAUUCAGAGACAGAGAUUGGACCCUUUGAAAGCCUCAUCAAUGAGUCAAGGCCAAGGACCUUUGUCUUCUUACCGAUCCAUCGCUAA